AUGGCUUACCGACAGAACGAUCAUGACCGAACACCGCUUGCAUCUGACAGCCAGGCCAACAACGAUGCUGCUUACGAGGACUACAUGAGACGCUACCGAGCCCGAAAUCUCAACUCAAACUGGAAACCCAAGACGAGAAGGAUGGUCGGGCCAAUGUAUAACCCAACGCCAUGGCUAUCGCCUACUUCUCCUGUCCUUCCUACUCCUCGUUCCGGCGAUUGGGGCUUUUCUCCUUCUGUAGUUGCUGAUGGAUACCGUGUUGCGCGAAGCUUACCCCAACCACAUGAAUCCCCAAGAGUUGAACCUCAAAUAAGGCGAAACCCUGAUGAAAGCCCACAGUGGGAAUACAUUCCCGGUGAAGGAUACAGGCAAGUCGAACCAGGUACACGUUUGGGAGCUAACCAGCAGCACUACUCAAGGAGAGCGAACGAACAACGGCGGGAAAACGAGCGUAGGUUCUUGAGGGAUGUGCAAUCUGAAGUUGGCAGGGAUAAUGGAUAUCCCCAGGUUAGCAGAAGCUACCAGGUCGACAGACAAGAGCCUCGAGAUACAAGAAUGGACCUCAAUACUAAUGCCCGGGCCCCUAUUCCUGAUAUGUGGACUGCUACACCAGAAGCACGGGGGUGGAUGGACAACGUACAACGGGAAGUGAACCUUCGAGGAUACCAUACUAGAUUCCCAGGAGGAAGUUUCAGUGAGCGACGUUUCCAACCACGAUAA